ACUGCUCUUUUUUCCUAUAAUUUACUGUUUAUAUGAGCAUCACUAUGCGUCAAAAAGAUCUACGCCCAGCCCCGGCUCUAAUAGAGUACAAGGGCAUGAAGUUCCUAAUCACCGAUCGACCAUCAGACAUAACAAUUAAUCAUUACAUUAUGGAACUUAAGAAGAACAAUGUCAACACUGUGGUGCGUGUUUGUGAGCCAAGCUAUAACACAGUGGAGCUGGAGGCACAGGGCAUCAAUGUCAAGGAUCUGGCCUUUGAGGAUGGCACCUUCCCGCCACAAACAGUCGUUGACGAGUGGUUUGAGGUCUUGAAAGAUAAAUAUCGACAAACUCCAGAGGCCUGUGUGGCCGUUCAUUGUGUGGCUGGUCUGGGACGAGCUCCUGUUUUGGUGGCCCUGGCACUGAUCGAAUUAGGCUUGAAAUAUGAGGCAGCUGUGGAAAUGAUUAGAGAUAAACGACGUGGCGCCAUCAAUGCCAAGCAGCUCUCGUAUUUGGAGAAAUACAAGCCCAAGGCGCGUUUAAAGCACAAAAAUGGCCAUAAGAAUUCAUGUUCUGUGCAAUAGAUUUCCAAACACCAUAUGUAUAUUCCCACCAGAUAAAAAGUGUUCAUUUUUUCAAAAAAAAAAAAACAAAAAAAAGGAGAAGAAGAAAACGAAAGUAAAAGUAAAGAAAAUGCGGAUUGAAAGGAAUUAAAACAAAAAGAGAGAAUCACCCAGAAACACCACACAAAUCCUAUAGACGAACAAAUUGAAUCACAGCCCAUCCCCAGCCCCCCAGUAAUUAAUAUAAAAAAUCUCAAAUUUAAUAAUGUAUUGGCAUCCAAUUGUAAUUUUUUGUAUGUAUUAUUUAAUGUAAUUUAUUGUUAUUUUAUGAUUUCCGAAACCCCCACAAAAACCAAUGCUAAAAGAAAUUUCGAUUCACAAUACCAUAUUCACAGACAUUGUAAUUAUAUAGAUGAUGUUUAGGGCCCCGAAUACCCCAUAAAAUGGUUGUAGAAAUGGGCCACCCUCCCACGAAACGUAGUUUACAUUUACAUAUUAUUCUGGAAACAAAAGAAAAACAAAAAAAGCUACUAAUCUGGAAUAAACAGAAAUACGAGCAAAAGAGAACACCCAGAAUGUGGAACAGUAGAGGUAUCCAUCCUUUAGACCCAAAUUAAACACAUACAACAAACAAGUGUAGAGUGAACAAAAAUAUAGAUACUAUAUAUACAGAUAUAUAUAUAUAUAUAUAUAUAUAUAUAAACCAAUUAAACGGAGCGGCAGACAUAGACAGAAUUUAGACACCACGAAAAAUGUACUUAAUGCGGUAUUUAGUUGUGAAAUUUUGGAUACUUUCGAUAUGGUUUUUGUAUGCUUACACUCUCUUCUUUAGCUGCUAUCAACGAACGGAAUUAUAUGUCUAAAUACUUGAUUUUCUACUUGCAUUAUACAAUUACAUAUAUAUUAUAUAUGCCAAUCCCCUCUUUUAUAUAUAUAGUACAUAUGCUAAGCCCCUCCCCUACCCCGUUGCCACUGAGAGCAUCAAGGAAUAUACAUAUAUAGUAUAUAUAUUUGUAUAAUAAAACUACAAAUUUUUACAUUAAUGACUUACAUACAUUCAGAGAAGAAAAAAUAGAAAAUACUUCAAAUAAUUUGCAGCAAAUAAAAACACUCGAACAAGAACAAAACACCAAACAAAAACACUAAAUAAAAAAUUGAGAAAAUGAACAUGAAAAAAAAAUUACAAAUAAUUAAACCUUAUUAUUAAAAAAUAAAAAAUUAACAAAUUAUAGUGUGUGAGAUGUGACGAAGAUGAAAAUAAAUUUAAAAGAAAAGAAA